UUCCAAGUCUCACACUCUGCAACCUGCACCAAACCCACAGCCGUGUAGGCACCGUCCAGCUCACACCAUGUCCUGUCGCUCCUACAGGAUCAGCCCAGGAUGUGGAGUUACCAGAAACUUCAGCUCCUGCUCAGCUGUGGCCCCCAAAACUGGCAACCGCUGCUGCAUCAGCGCAGCUCCCUUCCGAGGAGUGUCUUGCUACCGGGGAUUGACCGGCUUCAGCAGCCGAAGCCUCUGUAACCCAAGCCCCUGUGGGCCCCGCAUGGCUGUUGGGGGCUUCCGAGCAGGUUCCUGUGGACGCAGCUUUGGAUACCGCUCUGGAGGCGUCUGUGGGCCCAGCCCCCCCUGCAUCACCACAGUCUCUGUCAAUGAGAGCCUGCUCACUCCCCUCAACCUGGAGAUCGACCCCAAUGCUCAGUGCGUGAAGCAUGAGGAGAAAGAGCAGAUCAAGUGUCUCAACAGCAAGUUCGCGGCCUUCAUCGACAAGGUGCGCUUCCUGGAGCAGCAGAACAAGCUGCUGGAGACCAAGUGGCAGUUCUACCAGAACCAGCGCUGCUGUGAGAGCAACCUGGAGCCCCUGUUUGCAGGCUACAUCGAGGCACUGAGGCGCGAGGCUGAGUGUGUGGAGGCUGACAGCGGGAGGCUGGCUGCCGAGCUCAACCAUGUGCAGGAGGCCAUGGAGGGCUACAAGAAAAAGUAUGAAGAAGAGGUGGCUCUGAGGGCUACGGCAGAGAACGAGUUUGUGGUUCUAAAGAAGGAUGUGGACUGUGCCUACUUACGUAAAUCAGACCUGGAGGCCAACGUGGAGGCCUUGGUGGAGGAGUCAAGCUUCCUGAAGCGUCUCUAUGAAGAGGAGGUCCGUGUUCUGCAAGCUCACAUCUCAGACACCUCUGUCAUCGUCAAGAUGGACAACAGCCGGGACCUGAACAUGGACUGUGUCGUGGCUGAGAUCAAAGCUCAGUACGAUGAUGUUGCAAGCCGCAGCCGGGCAGAGGCUGAAUCCUGGUACCGCACAAAGUGUGAGGAGAUGAAGGCCACAGUGAUCCGGCACGGGGAGACGCUGCGCCGCACGAAGGAGGAGAUGAACGAGCUGAACCGCAUCAUCCAGAGGCUGACGGCCGAGAUUGAGAAUGCUAAGUGCCAGCGUGCCAAGCUGGAAGCUGCUGUGGCUGAGGCAGAGCAGCAGGGAGAGGCCGCCCUCACUGAUGCCCGCUGCAAGCUGGCUGAACUGGAGGCUGCCCUGCAGAAGGCCAAGCAGGACAUGGCCUGCCUGCUCAAGGAGUAUCAGGAGGUGAUGAACUCCAAGCUGGGGCUGGACAUCGAGAUCGCCACCUACAGGCGCCUGCUGGAGGGCGAGGAGCACAGGCUAUGCGAGGGUGUGGGCUCUGUGAAUGUCUGUGUCAGCAGCUCCCGUGGAGGAGUCACAUGUGGGGGCCUCACAUAUGGCACAACUCCAGGGCGCCAGAUUGCCUCUGGACCCUCUGCCACUGGGGGCAGCAUCACAGUGAUGGCCCCUGACUCCUGCUCUCCUUGCCAGCCCCGUGCCUCCAGCUUCACCUGUGGGAGCAGCCGCUCAGUGCGCUUUGCUUAGUGCCAGGACCUCCAAAUGAGCCACCUGUCUGCCCCAGAGUGGAGUGGUGUGUGAAUGGAAAAUGUGUGCUUGCUUCCAGAAUCUUCCAGAUGUUCCUGUGAGAGGAAAGAGUUCAGGGCCAUGCUCUCUACUGUCUCCUUUUAGGGAGUUGUCUCCCAGUUCUUCUCUGGCUUCACUUUAGAAGGUCAUUCUCAACCCUUCCAUUAACCCCAACCUGUCUUCAAAUACUUGUAAAUGAUUUGUAUUAUUCACCAAGCUCUCCGGGAUACUACCAGUCACCAUGGUGACUGGACAAUAAAGCAUGGCCUUGGGUUAAGGCAUGAUCCUAACCACCUAGCCAUGCCCUCCAAAAAACAAGAACCAGAGAGAACCCUUCCAAGCAGCUUCUACUUCUGGCCCUAUGUACAGGGGCAGCAAGCACCUGCCUAUCAUUGGUUGGGUUUGCUAACCUCCCUAGCUUACUGCCUUCCUUGGGGCAACCUGCUCUAACCACACUUCUUGGGUUACCUCCCAGAAAAUAGUCUGCUCUCUGGGGAGGCCUACUACAUACAGCCCCUAGUUAGGGGGCUUUGAACAGGUCUUGCUGUUCAAGAAGUCUUUGCACAUUUCAAAGACCCCAUACUUGCUCAGGCCUCCCCUGCCUCUGUGCAGGGAUCUGUCCAAGGGAGAGCUGGUGGGAUGGGGACUAUGACCACUUCUGUCUGUGGGUCCCUUGCCUUCUGGGUUGACCCCAUCUGUGUUUCAAUAAAUACUGCUAUGAUGCAAAGAUGUGUGUUGUUUUGUGUCAGCGACAUUCCUCCCUGCACUUGUUUGCCUGCACCAGCCUACCAGUCUUAGGUCAGCCACAAACUGGUAAC